CGCCACCCAACAAGAACACUUCUUUUCCUUUGUCCUAAAUUUUAAAAAAAAACUGAGAAAAUUUCUCCGUCUAUCUAUAUUCAGCUUUUUCAGUGGAAGAAAUUAAAAAGAAAGAAAGAAGAAGAAUGAGCUGCAAUGGUUGCAGGGUGCUUCGAAGAAGAUGCGGGGUCGACUGCAUCCUUAGGCCGUGUUUGGAUGAGUUGGAUAACCCUCAAGCCCAAGCCAACGCCACUCUCUUCGUCUCCAAAUUCUUUGGCCGCGCCGACCUCUUUUCUUUCAUCUCCUCCGUCCCCCUCCACCGUAGACCCGCUCUGUUUAGGUCGUUGUUGUACGAAGCGUGUGGGCGGACGGUGAAUCCGGUGAGCGGCGCGGUGGGGCUUCUGUCGACCGGGAACUGGCACGUGUGCGUCCGAGCCGUCGAGACUGUUCUAUCCGGGGGAGAUCUGCGCCAGAUCUCGCCCGAUUUCCUGACUCCUUCCCGAAGGUUCCAGAAGGGCGGCGCGUGGGGGAGCUCGGAGCAGUCCGCGGUGACCCGAUCCCGUCAGACGGCGACGAUCGACGGCGGCGCGCAGCGGGGGUGUACGGAGAGGACGUGGACGCCGGAGGUGUGCGGGAGUCGCGAGAGCGGUUGCCGGAUCGCGAGAGACGUGGCCGGCGGGGAAGAGCCAAAGCUUCUCAAUCUCUUUCUCUGAAUUUAAAUUGGGGAUUGAAGUCGCGGCGCCGGAAUGGAAUGAUGAGUUUUGGUUUUGGAGUUGUAAGUUUUAGUACUCAGUGAGUCGGAUUUAGUCGGAAUCGGCGAUGUGUCUGUUUAUGCAGUGCGUCGGAUGGAAUUUAUGUUUCUUUUAGAUGAGCUAGUCUUUAGUUAAGAAUCAAGAUGAAUAAACAAUGAAUAGUUCCUUGCUUG